AUGGCCAAAGCUGAUUCACUUAUAUCUGCUCUGUACACUCUAUGGCUUUUCCCGCUCAGCGACAUCCCUACCAUGAUCAUACCAGUUACGCUCCUCGGUAUGCUUACGGCAGCUUCGGGUCAGUUUGGUACUUUGGCAAGUAGCAGAGACGUCUUGUUGAGAUUACCACAGACGUUUAGCUGGGUUUGGCUGAAUGUCUUCCUCUUCUCGAUAUCGAACCAAAGAAGUAAAGAAUCGAUUCUGGAAGACUCGAUCAACAAGCCUUGGCGACCCCUUCCCGCCGGUAAACUUGAUAUGAGCCAGGCCAGGCAGCUUCUGUUGAUCGGGAUCCCCCUUGUGCUCACAUCCUGUUCGUUAUGCCUCGGUGCGGCGCAAGAAACGGCGUUUUGUUUAGUACUUACUUGGAUGUACAACGACCUAGGGGGCGCCGACGAGCACUUUGUUCUUCGAAACAUGAUCAAUGGCGUUGCGUAUUUUUUCUACGGAUCCGGCGCCUUGAAGGUUGCUACAGGAUCAGAGAGCGUAGGGUCCGAGGCAUCCGUAUGGCUGCUUAUGGUUGCAUGCAUAAUUACAACUACCAUGCAAGUCCAAGAUCUGAAGGACCAGGAAGGGGAUAAAGCCCGGAAGCGAAGUACGGCACCUUUGGACCUUGGAGACAGGGUGUGUCGGUUCAGCAUUGCAGUUGGUGUAAUAUUGUGGUCACUAGCCUGCCUGUCUUAUUGGCCGUGGUCUCCAAUCGGGUUACUCGUGGUAUUGAGUCUAGGAUCCCUGGUUGUGUGGCGGGUAACCUUAUUGCGCAAUGCUGCCGAGGAUGCGUUGACCUACAGGUGGUGGAGCAUCUGGCUGAUCAGCGUCUUCUGCCUUCCUAUUAUUGCAUCACACUAA